GACUUUUAUGGAAUGUAGGUUUUCUGGGAUUGCGGCAGCCAAAAUGUCUGGUAAUGGGCAUAUGGGAAUGGAGGUGAUAAAAAUAUGUAUGGUGGUACAUUUUGUUGCGUCGGGGUUGUUGUUGCUAGGUGUUACUAUAACAAUGGUG